UUCCCACCGGUCAUUUCUUUGUAGCAAAACCGUACCAAAAUGGCUGCGCACUGAGUGUUCAAACAUUUUAGUGUAAAGUAAGUGUGAUGUUAACACAUAUAUUAGAAUUAGGAUUUUUAACCGGAUUCUGAGUCGUUUAACAGUUAUGAUAUGGCUUUGCUCAGCGAUUUUUGCCGUAGUGUUCGCACUCUGUUAGGUCAAUGUCAAAGAUCUACAACAGCAGCAGCGUGGAUUCACUGCCAUUCGUCUCAAAAGUACAGUCAGAGAGCACUACAACCAGAACCUGUGGUUAGUGAUAAUGAAGCCAUCAAUAAAACAUUUAUUAACCGAAACCCAAGAAACUUGGAACAGAUGGCCCUUGCAGUGAAGGAUCGAGGCUGGGGUACAGUGUGGCCCUCUAGAAAAUAUUAUCACAGGUUGGUGUUCAGGCGCUCACAGCAACACAUCACAGCUGAUGUGUUCUCUAUUGACUCAACAGUUCCUGUCCUCUCUUGCUCCACUAAGGAGUGGGCAUUGAAGCGGGAGCUGGGCUCCACACGGUCAGUAGCAGCUUGUCAGGCUGUGGGUGAGGUGCUGGCCCAACGGUGUCUUGAAGCUGGCAUCACACGGGUUGUUUAUCGAGAGGUACCAUGGAUGUUUCGAUCGGAGGCGAUUCAGACGUUCUGGACAGCCAUGAAAGAGGGUGGGGUUGUACUUAGUGAACCAAGGCAAAAAUUUCUUUAAAUUGCUCUUUUUAUUUUCUGUCCUUAUAUAUAUAACAUUUAUCUGUAAAUAUAAACAUUCUCACAUUCA